AUGGAUAAUGAUCAAACUAUUUUGGAACCUUUUACAAAUUCAGACUUAGAAAAACUUAACGAGCUAAAAGCUUCCAAAGCUGUUAUUAGUGAAAAAAAAGUCAGGCACGAUUGGUCACAAACAAACAAUUGCGUUUUUUUUACUAUCUAUCAAAAAAAUGUUCAAACAAAUAACUUUUUAUAUUACAUUAAGUCGGAUUAUAUAUUCCUAAUAAUAAAAAUUAACGAAACCGAAGUAUACCCUCUUGAAAAGUUUUUUUUUUCAAAAAUCAUUCCAUCAAAAACAGUUAUAACCAUAACUCCAAUGAAAAUUGAACUAUCACUUGAAAAGGAUAUAAAAGAACUUAAAUGGGAUCAGCUUGAAAAAAAAACUAAUAAUGAUGUACAGGAAAAAGAUGAAAAUGUAUUAAACCCAUUUACUGGAAAAAGUAUAGAAGAAUGGACAAAGUUUGCACAGUCCAUAGGUGAAGAUGAAGAUAACCAAUCCAUAGACCAUUUUUUUCGAAAAAUUUACAAAGAGGGUGAUGAUGAUUUGAAGCGUGCCAUGAUUAAAUCAUUUCAAACCUCAAACGGAACUGUCUUAUCAACAAAUUGGAAAGAUGUACAAAAUAAAGAUUAUGAAAAGGAAAAAAAUGACAAGUUGAAAAAAUGA